AUGGACAACUAUUCAGUGCAAGAAGAAAGCGCGCGUAUUUUCCACGAACAUCUCAUCAACAACGAGCAGUUGGGUCUGCCUGCAUCCAUUAUUGAAGCAGCAAAGCAUGUCCAGUUUGUUGGCAUCGAUCCCAAGCCAUACAUGCCCACUUGUUGCAAAAUGACAGAAUCUGCCUCUGCCCUUUCAGGAUUUGUAGCAGCGACAGCGAAUGCAAUAUGCGCACAUCGAUACGGAACAGAGUACCAAGACGUUCAAGUCGACACUGACCUCGCAACAUUGUUUCUCCAGUCAUUCUUUUUACCUGAAAUCAAUGGCAAGCCCUUCUGGCAACAUGCUCCCUUGGCGGCUGAGCUUGAUAAAGGUGAUUUAUAUGAUAUACAAAAACCAAUUCAUCAACAAGCUACAAAUAUUUAUCAAGCAAAGGAUGGGAAGUGGUAUCAGCUACAUGGAUCGCUCAACUCCAAGCCAACAAUGGAUAUGCUCGGUGUGCAAGAGCAACAUGUCACACACGAGGAAGCCUUUAGCAUUUACGCCAGAAAGGUGAAACAACUUGACGCGGCCACGUUAGAACGGAUGGCAAAUGAUGAUUUCAGUCAACCGGGAGUCACAUGUCUGACACAUGAAGAGUUUCUCGCCUCAGAACAUGGCAGGAUUAUAAGCAAAGAGCCGCUUUGGACUAUGAAGUCUAUACCCGCGCCUUCAACUAACUGGCCACCAAACCCACACGCAGCCAAUUUAAAACCCCUUGCAGGAAUUCGGGUUAUUGACUUUUCUAGGGCAAUGGCCGGUCCUAUCGUGUCUAAACUCUUGGCGCUUUUUGGUGCCGAAGUCAUUAAAAUAUCACACAAGGAACUUCCUGACUUUCCCAUCACCUGGGUUGACUUGAACACUGGAAAACAUGAUGCAGAGAUUAACCUGAAAGAUGCCGAGGGAAAAUUAAAACUUGCUGAGCUUAUUGCCGGCGCUGAUGUUUUGGUUGACUGCUAUCGACCUGGCGUAUUGGCAAGACUUGGUUUUGAUAGCAAGUCAAUGCGCAAAAUCAACGAGCGUCUGAUCUAUCUGAGGGAGAACUGCUAUGGGUUUCAAGGACCGCUUGCGCAUCGCGCAGGCUUACAGCAGAUUAGCGAUUGCUUGGUCGGCCAUUCAUGGCUGCAGGGACAAUUUUUGGGGCUGGACGAACCUGUGCUGCCUCCGCUGCCGAAUUCGGACUAUCAAGCCGGCCUAGUGGGUGCGGCCGUUGCCAUGCUGGCUCUUCUCGAACGUUCCAAAGGGGAUACAGCGUUUGAUAUCAAUAUCAGCUUGACCCAAUAUAAUAUUUGGUUCUACCGUCUGGGUCAAUACACGGAUGAUCAGUGCCGCAGGCUAAGGGCACGUAAUCCAAGUUUCCAGGCCAGGCACUAUGACGGGAUGCGAACGCUGGUUGCCAGAACUCACGCUGCCAUGAUCAAGGCUAGGCCUGAGUUGUGCAAAACGCCCGAGUACUUUACCAAGAUGUCUGGGAGGGAAUGGGGUUUAGAUGAUGACAUAUCCAUUCUGGAACCCCCAUUUAGAUUUUCACGCCUGAAGCUAGAGUAUGAAGUGCCUUCGGGGGCACGAGGGAGAUCAAAGCCGCAAUGGAGCGGUGGAGGCGAACUUGGCACAGGCAAUAUGCAGAGUGUUCAUGGUAGAUGA